GGUUUCUUUAUAGGCAUCGAAGAGUUGCUUUCUUCUGUCUUCCGUCGUCUUUGGUUCAACGCAGCGCCGCCGCUGGAAUCCCGAUCUAGCGAAGCGAUGGCUCCAGGUCUCUACUCCGACAUUGGCAAGAGGACUAGGGAUCUUCUGUAUAAGGAUUACCAGACAGAUCACAAGUUUACAGUCACGACAUACACCUCGACCGGCGUUGCAAUCACUGCUUCUGGAACUAAGAAAAAUGAUUUGAUUUUUGGUGAGAUUCAGUCGCAGUUAAAGAACAAAAAUGUCACAUUCGAUGUGAAGGCAAAGUCGGACUCAAAUGUUACAACAACAGUUACAAUCGAUGAAUUCACUGUACCUGGUUUAAAGACAAUUUUUAGCUUUGCUGUUCCAGAUCAAAGGUCUGGAAAGGUUGAACUUCAAUAUCUGCAUGAUUAUACAGGGGUUAAUGCCAGCAUUGGGUUGACUGCCAAUCCCGUUGUCAAUCUCUCAGGUGUCGUUGGUACUAAAACUCUCGCUGUUGGUGCUGAUGUAGCAUAUGAUACAGCAUCUGGUAAUUUCACCAAGUACAAUGCUGGGUUAAGCUUCGUCAAUGCUGAUCUUAUUGCUGCAUUGACUCUGAACAACAAAGGUGAUAGCUUGAGUGCAUCAUAUUACCACUUGGUCAGCCCCUUGUCAAACACAGCAGUUGGUGCAGAGUUCACGCGCAGCUUUUCAACCAAUGAAAACAUCCUCUCCUUCGGGAUACAGCAUGCAUUGGAUCCCUUGACCUCAGUGAAGAUGCGAUUCGACAGUUACGGGAAGGCCAGUGCUCUCAUUCAGCAUGAAUGGAAGCCAAAGUCAUUCCUGACCAUUUCGGGGGAGGUGGACACCAAGGCCAUCGAGAAGAGCUCGAAGGUUGGAUUGUCCUUGUUGCUCAAGCCUUGACAUGGGACACUCGGCCUGUGAUUUCAAAUUUGGUACGCUGAUUGAAGUUGAGGAACUCAUGAUGAUUGCAUCAUCUUGACUGCUCAGUUUUUGCUUGCAAAUUGAUUUUGGCUACUCAAAGAGUGCAUUUGACUUUCCACUUUCGGAAUUUGGCAUGUAAUAAUUGUUCUUGUUGGGCGAUUAGAAACUGAGAUGGGAACCCUUUCAACUUAUUUGUCUGCUUUAAACUCGUUCUGUGCAGGAGAUGAGUCAAACUGUUAGUUCUAUAUAUUUGUUGCCUUGAUUUCACUAGAAAGUUCCAACAAGACA